UGGACCGGCCCGUGAUGGCAGUGGCGGCGGCUUGGCAGGCGCUGCACCGGGCCUUGCCGGGCUCCUUGCCCCCGAAGGCCUUCUGUGGCCUCUGCCCACUGCCUCGGGCCCAGCCGCUCAGCACCAGCGCCGCCUUGCAGCUCGCCGCCAUCCGCAGAUUCACAGUCAAGCAUGAAUGGGUAUCGGUUGAAAACAGUAUUGGAACUGUAGGGAUCAGCAACUUUGCACAGGAAGCAUUAGGAGAUGUUGUUUACUGUAGUCUUCCAGAAAUUGGAACAAAGUUGAACAAACAAGAUGAGUUUGGUGCUUUGGAAAGUGUGAAGGCAGCUAGUGAACUCUACUCCCCACUCACUGGAGAAGUAACAGAAAUUAACACUGCCCUUGCAGAUAAUCCAGGACUUGUCAACAAAUCUUGUUACCAAGAUGGCUGGCUUAUCAAGAUGACUGUGGAUAAUCUUUCAGAAUGUGAUGAACUCAUGAGUGAAGAGGCAUAUGAGAAAUACAUAAAAUCUAUUGAGGAGUGACUGGAAAUCAAGAGUAAACUAGUACAAGCCACUUAGUAUAGAUUCCAAAAUUAGCGGUGGACAGAAGGUCCAACUCUGACCAGUUUGUCAAGGAGAUUUUGAAGGAAAAUGUGCUGCCUUGUAUUCAAAAUGGAUUUAUCUCUGCCCAUUAAUGACUGUAAAUCAAAAGAAAUGUGCACCUUUAAUUAGUCAGUAUCCUCUAUAUGAGGUUUGGGGUCAUUUUAAAGUCUAAUAA